AUGCCAGCUUGGACGAGCAACGCGAAUGAGGCAACAAGGCUGCGGCUUGUCGGUGCGCCGGCCCCACAAGACGCUGUGUUUUACCCCGAAUUUACGUACCCAAUCUUUGGCGAGGCGGAGACGAUAUUUGGGUACGAAGGACUGCAUAUCAACCUGGACUUUUGCUCCGGAAGCCUGAUGCCGUCUUUGGGCGUGUCGUACAGUGCCAAGAACAGCAAGACGAGCGCAAAAAUUGACGAUCCGGAGGAGACGCUGCGUGCGUUUUUGCCAGAUACGCUUGCGCGUCACGAUACCUUGGUAUCGCUGGCGGAAAAAGAGGCGCAGGGCGGCGCCUUUUCGCCGCACGGCACAAAUAUAGCCGAGUACAGCGUCAAAGGUAAGGAGCGAGCAUCGCGUGGCGUCUUUGGCGCACGCGCACGUACGUCCGACGCUGCUCGUAACUUUGUCGUACACCAUGCCACUUGGGACACGCCAGGUUUCCGCGCAUGGCACGAGCGCGCCCAGAUUUUUACCCUAUUCUACAUCGAGGGCGCUUCCUACAUCGACGACCAGGACCCGAACUGGGAGUUUUACACCAUUUUUGAGCGCACGCGAGGCGAAAAUGCCGAUGCAUACCAUUUUGUCGGGUACACGAGCACCUACCGGUUCUGGAGCUGGCAGGACAAGACGCGGCUGCGCAUCAGCCAAUUCCUCAUCCUUCCUCCGUACCAGAAGCAAGGGCAUGGUACACAGCUGUAUGAUACUGUGUUCGCGCGUGCAUUGGACGAUGCGCGUGUGUGCGAAGUGACGGUCGAGGACCCGUCCGAAUCGUUUGACUUGCUGCGCGACAAGUGUGAUUUGCGGCGCAUUGCCAAUGCACCCAUGAUUACAACUGCACGCAAAGACAACCAGCUCCAUGCGCCGCUCGCACAUACGUGGAGUGAAGAGGCGCGCGCACAGGCGAAAAUGGCGCCGCGGCAAUGGUCGCGUAUCCUGGAAAUGCUCCUGCUCGUGCACCUCGAUGCAGACAAUGAGGAAAGCAUGCGUGCGUAUCGCUUGCAAAUCAAGGCGCGCAUUUUUCGUGUGAACCGCGAGGCGCUCUUGCAGCUGCCGCGUGCGCAGCGCCAGGCGAAGCUGCAGGAGACGUUCGAGGCGGUCGUCGAUGAGUACAGCGAGAUUACCGGCGCGCCUCUGCCGGAUAUGCUGCUCGAAGCACCGCCGAUCGUGGAGAGGGACGAGCUGCACAUACCAGGGCUCGCAAAGCGUGCUGCGAGCGCCGUGAUUCUGCUGGGGGACGGCGAGGAGGAGGAGGAAGAGGAGGAGUAUGCACACAAGGCACGCCGCUUGGGAUAG